CUGUUGCAUAGAGAUAACGCAUUACUUGCCGCUGGAGGGCGCUGGCCUGCUUGCUGCCACUGCGUGGAGUGGCGUACAGGAAAAUGGCAGGCCAGGAAGAUCCAGUGCAGAGAGAAAUUCACCAGGACUGGGCGAAUCGGGAAUAUAUCGAAGUUAUCACGAGCAGUAUCAAGAAAAUUGCAGAUUUUUUGAAUUCGUUCGAUAUGUCCUGCAGGUCUCGCCUGGCGACUUUGAAUGAAAAACUGACAGCACUGGAGAGGAGAAUUGAAUAUAUUGAAGCAAGGGUAACAAAAGGGGAGACAUUGACCUAGAACAGUGAUGGACAGAGGACGUCACAUCUGUGCAGCUCUGACUACCAGACUUUCUGUUUUUCCAUUUUAUUUAAUUAUUUUAAUACUAAUGUACAUUUUAGAUCUGUAAUCCUUUGUAUGGGACCACUGCAGAGUUCAUCUCAGUGACCAUGUGAUGCAGUGUGUUAAUCUGUUCUGGAACCGUUUUGAGGACUUGAACUGGCAUUUCUUAAUAUAAAGCACACACAGUAUUUAGAACAGAUUAUUUGAAAAAUGAAUUGGAGGGCAGAAGCUCACAAUAUGUGCUAUAGUAUGGCAUCCAUUUAGUUUUAUUUGUCCCUAUUCCCUCACAUUCUUGCAUGAAUGCGAAUGUUACAAAAUGCUAACUCCUGUCUGAAACAUGCCCAUUGAAGAAACUGAGAAAUUCCUGGGAAAAAUAAUCUCCAAGUGCCAAGGCUACCCUGUGGAUUGUCUGCUUCUUUAUAAAAUGUCAGUCUUGUUUUUAUGUCUUCUUGUAUGUGUGUAAUAAAUACAUUUUUCAUUUGUUCAAAAAAAAUGAUUAAAGAAAAACAGAAAAUAGA